AUGGCCAGGACUUUCCAGAGGACUCCGCAGCAGCUGCCAGAAGUGGAGGUCCUGAGAGACGACGCCCACCGACGCAACCAGGCAUCGGGCCCCCCAGAGGUACAGAACUGGGGCCCCAGGCAGAGCCGUGCCAGCCGCUCCCAGGGGAAGUGCUCCCAGUGUGAUGCUUUUCUGGCCCAGCUGCACAAGAUGAUUCAAAGCUGUACAGAGAAAGGGGCUGUGCUGCAGGAGGACCAGACCUUGACCUACCUGUGUGAGCUGCAGGGGCUCCUCAAGGGGCUGAAUCAGUGCACAGCCGGCCAAGUCACAAGGAGCCCCCAGGAAAAGAGCCAAACCUUGGAACAGCAGCAUCAGCUGGUGACCGAGCAGCUCAAGGGCUUGUUCAGACAGAGGCAGCAGCUGCAGUCAGGGCACAGGAAGCUGUCAAGAGACCAGAAGGACGAGUGCUCAGUGGAGCAAUGGGUGAAGAACUCUCAAGUGAAUGCAAGAGGAGCCAUCAAGCCACACGGGAAACCUCCACAGGAGCUAAAAGAAAAGCAGCAGCCUGUGCCAGGAGAUCUGGGCUUCUCCACCAGCACCGAAGAAGCGCAGAGCCUCAGGCUGCAACUGCAAGAGAAAACGGAAAUGAUUUCCGCCAUGGCCUCUGAGAUCCAGGGACUGCAGCAAAAGAACGAACACCUGAUGAAAGCGAAACUGCGGUUUCAGCAGCAAAUCCAAGACAUCCGCAGCCUCCAGCAGCAGCGACAGGAAAGGAGCGACUCAGACCUGCUGGUUCCUAGGCUCUCCAGCUGGCAGGAGCUGGAGUUGGGGCUGAGCCAGCGGAGCGAUGGCUCUGCACCUCCGACUGGCCGUGAUCCCCAUGCUUCUCUGUACCUAGCCAAGCAGGUGAUGCUGCCCGAGGCAGGAGUCGAGCUGUGUUGCUUCAGUUCUGAAAGCAGUGGCAGUCAGUCUCACAGGUCCCAGGCAGGGUCAGAACUGCCAGCGCUGCCGCUGAGCAAGCUCCCUGCUGAUCCUGUGACUGGGAAGCUGCCUCCCCCUUCCACACUGCCCCUCCCAGCCUCCACCCCGGCAUCUGGCAAAUCCUCCCCCGAGGCCCGCUCGUCCCCAGUGAGCCCCCGGAGCCAGCCUGGCAGCCAGGAGUCCUCGUACACUCCCAAGGGGGCAGUGCUGCUCUCGCCGAGACCCUUCCGGGCACAACGACUGGGCUCGCCCUUUAAAUUCAGAGUGAGCCCGGAGCCCCCAGGGGAGAGCUGUGGCAGCUGAAGCACCCUGUCCGUUGAGGUCAGACUAGAUGAUCACAACGGCCCCCUUCUGGCCUUGGAAUCUAUGAAUCCUGCAUGGCUGGGUACACGUGGCUUUGAAUGAUCUGCUCUGUGCCCUCUCCUUGUCCCCUGAGCUGUUCGCCGUAGAGUCUGGCUGGUAAAUGAAUGAACAUAGCAUGUUCUCUUGGAACUGGCUGUUUCCCCCUGGCAGUGGGGAAAGGUGGUCUCCUGACCCCUUAGGUUGGAAUUCAGAUUGGGGGCAUUACAGGGGAGGGGCUGUUCUUGCACUAGCCGGGCAACUAAGUCCAACAGUCCCAGUGCCCCGUGCACCUGGGCCUCCUGGAGUAGGGAGCCACCAGUGUGGUCUGUAAGCAGCAAAUGAUUCGAUGUAUGCUACAGGUUCUUCCCCUGCCCUUGCCCGAGCAUCUGAGCACCUGCCGCUCAUGCGUUAAGGGAUUUGACUCACUUUUGCCAUGCGUAGUUCUUGCUUUCGCUCGUCUUCUCCCCAGGGGGAGAACUGUGUGCAGUGGAGUGUUG